CCUCGAGCAUGGCCGUGCCUGAGAAAGUGCUGAACUGGCUGUACAGCGUCCUCACCAGUGAAUAUGCAGACGUGAACCGGACUUACCACGACGCCGCCGAAGCUCUAUCCCACUACCCAUCGCUAUCCCCGCGAACCGAAGUGUACACAUAUGAAAAUGGAGCCUCGGCGCUCCUGCUGCUCCUCAGCGGCACGCUGCCCGUCACCUUUCGCGGCGCAACAUACGGCUUCCCGGUGGCGGUAUGGGUGCCUCAGGCCUACCCUCGAGAAUCACCGCUGGUAUAUGUCACGCCGUCGCAGGACAUGAUUGUGAGGGCCGGCCAGCAUGUCAGCGGAGACGGGAGGAUCUAUCAUCCGUAUCUGGCGCAAUGGGCAAAGUACUGGGACAAAUCCACCUUGUUCGAUUUCCUGGCUGUCCUGCGGGGCGUCUUUGCGAAAGAACCGCCUGUGCGCUCCAGACAGCAGCCGCCACAACAGCAAGGUGCGCCGGUGCAGUCGGUUCCUCCACCACUCCCCCCGCCACCGGCAGAAUGGCAACACUCGUUGCAAGGCACACCAGGUGCAUCGCCUUCGCCGGGCUUGUCCAACAAAGCGCCUGCGCCGCCUCCCAAACCACCCAAGCCGUAUGAGCAGAAUGCAUCAACCCCCCAAGCGCAGCCAGAUCGAUACUCGCAGCCGCCUCCACUGCCCCCUCACCCAUCCCAGCACACCCAGUCGCCGCAGCGCUAUCAGCAGCCUCAAAGAAACAGCCAUGCUGCCCCACCGAACUGGCAGCACCCAGGUCCUCCAGCUGUGCACAGCGCGUCGCAGCGGCAACCAAACUAUGCCAUGGGUCCGGCUACACCAGUACCACAACAGCCACGACCACAAGUACAACCUCAGGGGUACGCGCCUAGUCCAUACGAUUUGGGAAGCCCUGUGAGCCCCAUUACCCCUGACGAGCAAAGGUCGGCAUCUCGUUAUAUCGGACCAACGUCCCAACAGCCCUCUGCUAGUAUCCCCCAGUCACGCCAACACCAGGGGCCGCCCACGCAACUACACCAGCAGUACGGUCAGCCUCUGCACCCCCAGCAGCAGUACCAACAACCUCCUCAAGGGUAUCCACCGCAGCAUCAUACCCAGUAUCAGGCAAACCCACAACACCAGCCUCAGUCAAUCCCACAAGCCCGUAAGCCUCCCAUCGAUCUCCUGGACGAUUCACUCGAAGUCACAAUACCCUCACAAAAAGGCAACCAGGCUCCGCUCCCCGUACCCCCCGUUCCGCCAAACCCCCAAAAAGAUGCUCUCCUCACUGCGCUCAGCCAAACGCUGGUUUUACAAAUCCAUCAAACAGUAUCCUCCAACAUAUCCGCCAUUACGCCUCUUCGUACACAACAAGCCGCUCUCCAAUCUGCACAUUCUCGCCUGCAAGCCGAGCUAGGCGAGCUACAGCAGCUCGACGCGGCGCUCGCUUCCAACGAGCACGUCCUAAAAGGCGCAAUGGUCGAAGCAGAUCGCGUCAUGGAGGACGCGCGACAGCGCAAGGCCCCGGAUGUUGACGAUGUGCUUGUUGCGCCUACCGUGGUGGGCGGGCAGCUGUAUGUGCUUGCUGCAGAGGAGAAGGGGAUUGCGGAUGCGUUGUUUAUGCUAGGGAGAGCGUUGGAUAAGGGGAGGAUUGGCGCGGAUGUUUUCGUCAAGCAAACGAGGAGCUUGGCCCGCGAGCAGUUCUUGAAGAAGGCGCUCAUUAAGAAGAUUGCAAAGGGCAUGGCGUUGGAUGAUUUUAAGAUGCGGUGAGUCUGGUACUGUUAGUCGAGGACUUGUAGAAAACAUGCAUGUCAUGAAAGUCGAUGGACCAGAUGCAUGCAUCAUUUGCUGAGUUCACAUAUAGCAACGUGCGAAGUCUUUGAGUAACAAAACGUUGUAUUCUCAGCUAUGGGAGCAGACAGCCUAUAUAAAGCCCAAGCUCUGUCUCUGGGCCCACGUUGAUAUAGGAAAUGGGGUAUCAUUGUUGAAGAAACCUCCCAAACACCGGUUGAACUCCUGAUGAUUUGAUCCGUAUGGUUGAAGCGGAUCGUAACAUGCGCCCAUUCUUACUUAGCAUUUCUUACGCCUCGGGUUUCUUCUCGGCCCCAUAUCCACCUUUUCCUUCGAGGUUCUCAUAUGUCUUGCCCUGCCCACUGAGACCGUUCCUUGGGCC